AUGGCUCCACAUAUACUACACGGUACGAUUCAUGCAACCAUUUUUGAAGUCGAUAGGUUACAGAAUGGAUGUGUUUUCGUGUUUCUUUCCAUGGAGCCUACAAGUCAAGGAAAAGGGAAAAAAUUUCUAGCUCAAGUCAAGAGAAUGAUUCUUUGUAGCCCAGAGAUCGUAGGUUCGAAGAUCUACGCAACAGUCGAUUUGGAAAAAGCUCGAGUUGCGAGGACCAGAAUGAUCGAAAACGAACCAUCAAAUCCUCGUUGGUACGAAUCUUUUCAUAUAUAUUGUGCACACAGUCUUUCCAACAUUAUAUUCACGGUCAAAGACGAUAAUCCUGUGGGCGCGAUUCUGAUCGGCCGAGCAUACCUCCCGGUGGAAGAGGUUGUUAACGGGUACGAAGUCGAUCGAUCGCUCGAGAUUCUAGACGAAGAUCGUAACCCGAUACGAGGGCAUUCGAGGAUUCACGUGAAGUUGCAAUAUGUUAGUGUGGCAAGAGAUAGCCAUUGGUCACAAGGGAUUAAAAGUGUUACAUUUGGAGGGAUACCGUACACGUUUUUUCGGCAGAGGGAAGGUUGUGAAGUGACGUUAUACCCCGAUGCACAUAUACUCGAUGAUAACAUGACGUCUUAUCUAGUUUCUAAUGGGUAUUAUGCGCCCCAAAGAUGUUGGGAGGAUGUUUUCGAUGCGAUUAAUGAUGCAAAGCAUUUGAUUUAUAUAACGGGAUGGUCGGUUUACACAAAGAUCGUGUUGGUUCGGGACCCACGGAGGCCGAAGCCCGGUGGGGACGUUACGUUGGGUGAGUUAUUGAAGCGGAAAGCCAGUGAAGGGGUGAACGUGUUAAUGCUCGUUUGGGAUGAUCGAACUUCGGUCGAGUUGCUAAAGAAAGACGGGUUAAUGGCGACACACGAUCAAGAAUCGGGAGAUUAUUUUCGUGAUACAAAGGUCCGUUAUGUUUUAUGCCCUCGUGAUCCAGACGGGAAUAAUAGUUAUGUUCAGGGGAUUCAGGUCGCUACGAUGUUCACUCACCAUCAGAAGACGAUUGUGGUCGAUAGUGAGAUUCCGGGAGAACCAUCGUCGGAAAUGAGGCGGAUUGUCGGGUUUGUUGGUGGGAUUGAUCUUUGCGAUGGGCGAUAUGAUUCUCGUGAUCAUUCUUUGUUUCAAACAUUAAAAGAUGUUCACCAUGACGAUUUUCACCAACCGAACUUCUCGGGAGCGUCGAUCACAAGAGGUGGGCCGAGAGAGCCGUGGCAUGACGUACAUUGCAAACUCGAAGGCCCGAUUGCUUGGGAUAUUUUGUACAAUUUCGAACAACGGUGGACUAAACAAGUCGGAACUCAACAUCUUUUUACGCUCGCCGAGCUCGAUCAAUUCAUAACUCAACCCUCGCCAGUCGGUCCAUCGUCUGAAGAUCGUGAUACAUGGAACGUCCAAUUAUUCCGGUCAAUUGACAGUGGUGCGGCAUCAGGGUUUCCAGAAAAACCCGAGGAAGCAUCGAUGGCUGGGCUCGUUACUGGAAAAGAUAAAGUGAUUGAUCGUAGCAUUCAAGAUGCGUAUAUUAGCGCCAUACGACGUGCAAAAAACUUCAUCUACAUCGAAAACCAGUACUUUUUGGGGAGUUCAUAUGGUUGGAACCCGAGCAAAGAUUUCAAAAUCGAGGAUAUCGGGGCUUUGCAUCUCAUACCAAAGGAGCUCGUGUUAAAAAUCAUUAGUAAAAUCAAGGCGAAAGAAAGAUUUUCCGUCUACAUAGUGAUCCCAAUGUGGCCUGAAGGGAUCCCGGAAAGUGGAUCCGUUCAAGCCAUUCUAGAUUGGCAAAGAAGAACAAUGGAGAUGAUGUAUAAAGACAUCACCUCCGAGCUUCUAGCCAUGGGGAUCGAAGCAGAUCCGAGGGACUACUUGAGCUUCUUUUGCCUCGGGAACCGUGAGACCAAGACACCCGACGAGUAUGAACCACCGGAGAAACCCGAGCCGGAUUCUGAUUAUGGUAGAGCACAAGAAUCUCGACGAUUUAUGAUCUAUGUUCAUGCUAAAAUGAUGAUCGUUGAUGACGAAUACAUAAUCAUCGGUUCGGCUAACAUCAACCAAAGAUCGAUGGACGGGGCUAGAGACACCGAGAUCGCAAUGGGUGCGUACCAACCAAAACACAUAGUGACACAAUGGCCAGCUCGUGGUGUGAUCUUCGGCUUCCGGAUAGCAUUGUGGUUGGAACAUUUGUCUUAUGUUCACGAUUCUUUUCGUCAUCCAGAAAGCAUAGAGUGCAUUAGAAAGGUCAACGCAUUAGCAGAUGAGAACUGGAGUUUGUAUUCGAGUCCAACGUUUGUUCAAGACCUUCCGGGGCAUUUACUUCGGUAUCCUGUGGCGAUCUCAAACGUCGGAGACAUUACGGCUUUACCGGAUUUCUCUUUCUUCCCAGACACCAAGGCUCCGGUUUUGGGGUCGAGAUCGGAGUAUCUUCCUCCGAUUCUCACCACUUGA